AUAGUAGGCGUCAGGAUCAGAAUCGAAUCCAUGACCUCUCGCAUACCAGGCGAGGUAGUUAACACUCUGUAGCAGUGCGAAGUUUGCAUCCCGCAUUUCUUCCGCUUAAUCGAGACCGAUGUAUAUUUUUCCUUAUCAAGGUUUCUUGUUUUCUGUCCAAAGAUUCUCCUUGAACCCUGCUAUCACUCGGAGGCCGCGACUCUUUCAAGCCUUCCUGUUGUCUGCAAUGUAGAUGUGUGUGGUUGUUUAUUAACAAAAAAACUUCACUUGGGUCGCUGUGAAGUAGCUGCGCUGUUCGAACCGGCGUGGCCUGAGACGCGCGUGAAGUGACGUGGGGUGAAAUGGUGGCGCAGUGGUUGGCAACGCUUCGCUAUUAACCCAUCGGUCAUCACCGGCGAGUGAUGUCUGAACCGGUUCACGGGUUCCGCUCCCCUUCAUGAGCCCAUGCUCGCCAACGUGGGGAAGUAUGGUCAAACCGCCCCCAUGCCUGGCACGACAUGAGGAAGACUUGAUCCAGCAUUGGAUUGACAGAGGGUUGUUAAUGACGCAUUAUGUUUCCGCUCGGGGUGUAACGAUCCGCUCCCACCUCCUCCUCCUCCUUCUCCUCACGAUCCAGUGAAAUGUCUCAACCCAGGGCCACAAUUCAAUCAAGAGUUAAUUCGUGAAGGAAGUUAUCCAUUUACUGUGGCAGCCUCUUGAGACUGGACAAGCCGCACUAAUCCAUUACGUCAAUUGAUUGAAAAGCCAAAUCCUCACACGCACGAGCCGAUGCACGUGUCUGGUGGGUCAGAGUUCGGGGCGCUGAGCUGACACCACUGAGGCCCCCGGGUUCCAAUCCAGAUUUCAGUCGCCUGUGAUUAAACGCGCUUCUCAAGUGCAGUGAGUGGAUGAUGGCCACAGCCUGGUCACCAAUGGCUGCGCACAAAAAAAGAUCAAGUUAAAAUUGCGUCUGCACUUAACGUGGCAGCAUUUUAGCGCUGGGAAUAAACAUUUAGGUUCGACUGUUCUUGCAGCGAACAUUACUCUCAUAUGCAGAGCAGGUGGUAAAGCACAGCAGCCCUCUACCGUGUGGACCCCAGGGGUCACUCGAAGGAAUUUCAGAAGUAGCACUGUGAUAUCUGCUUCCUCGGGCCGUUUCCUUAACACAAAAGGGUUGCACUGCUCUGCGAACUAUGAGCUUCACCCAGAGCGCUACGUGGUACAAAAUCGGUGGUGUGGGGAACGACAAUGGGUGGACGCAUCGUCGCAGGAGAGCGUUGCCUGGGCACGAGGGUUCACCCUCCUCCUCCAUCUCUUCUCUGAUCGCUGAACGCUCCCUCCGCACCCACCGCCAGGCUGCCACCACCGCCGCCGCCGCGUCGUCGUCAGUCGCCGCCGCCGCCGCGAAGAAGGCGGAGGGUGGAGCCGGGUGGGAAGUGGCCACCGAUAAGAGCUCCCUCAGCAUUCAGCUGCAGAAGAGUCAGCCCGAUGUCGUCCUGUCGCUGCAGUCACGCUGCGUUGUCCCGGGCCGAGUGGAGGGCUUCGCCGCGGGCUGUGCCCAUCAUUCCUGCUGCCCGCUGGAGCUUAGGGACUGCUCCGGCCUGGCUUCGCAUGUCGGCCCGCGGCCCUGGGACACGCCGCUCAUUGACGCGCUCACGCUGGAGUUGCUACAGACGCACCCCCAGCUGCGGCCGUCUCACCCCCGCCUGCACCCUCGCCGGCCUCCCUCACCCUGGGGCCGCCACGCCACGACCCCCUGGCCCUACCAGCAUGUUGGCACGCAGACGGAGCACAGGGAGGGCCACCACGCGCCCAAGUCCCGGCGCGUCUCCGCGGCGACGCAGACCAGCGAGGUGAUGGACAAGCCCUGCUAUUGCCUCCACCCGGGCCUGUGGCUGCCUCCGUCCCCGUCGUCCGGCGCCAUCGGUGUGUCCCACAGCUCCGGCCUCGACAGGAUCGACGGCGCAGAAGGCGCGGCGUGCGCGGCCCGCAGCCGGCUGCCUCCUGGAACCGCGACUCCGUCGAGUCCAUCGGACGCCUCCGAUGCUUCGCCCGGCAUCGACACCAGCGGCAAGGUUCAAAUAAUGCCUCACAGCUUCAACCACAGGCGCUCCAUCCGCCUGUCUCGUUCCUCGACGUCCAGCUCCAUCACCUCUGUCGACGAGGAUGGCCGAGUGCUGGACCUGCUCCGGGACGAGCUGCCCGAGCCGCUGCUCGCCGAGGAGGAGCAUCGGCGUAACCUGCAGCUCCUGGAGGACGCGUCGCGUGCCAGCCAGCGCUUCCUGGCGCGCCCCGGCCGCCGAUCACGGCACAGCCUCUCCGAGGCGGCGUCCUCGCCUGGUCUGUCCCCUCGGUCCACUCCCUUUCCACUCCCGUCAUGUGGCACGUCUCUGGCUGGCACACCACCAGCGCUGCCGCCCCCGUUGCCCGCUCGGGUGCCCCCUCUGUGCGCCCCGGCACCCUGCCUCGACAGCACCGCCGACGCAGGGGCCUCCGCCGAAGGUGGAAUCAAGAAAGGCCCCAAGCCGCUGGUCGAGACGGGGGGCGACAAGGAAGGCAACGUCGCUCAUGCAACAGCAACUGUGCAGCCUUCCCUUGCAGCAGACAAGCUGCCCGGUCCCGGCCCCUCGGUGCAGCCCAGGGGCCCCGGCGAGGACGCGGCCCCUCAAACCGCCGCUCGCAUGGGAGGCCCCGCUCGGGGUUCCGCAGAUGGCGGCGGCGGCGGCGGCGGCCCCGGCUCCGUGGCCGCGGGGAGCGCCCGCGAGACGGCCGCCCAGGGCGCCAAGCAGCUGACGGCCGACCCGUCCGCGCCGGGGAACCUGAAGCCGCCCAGCAGCCCCCGGCAGCACAAGCCCCUGCUCAAGAGCAAUUCCGUUACCUUCAAGUUCCCCGAGAGCUCGGCAUCGUCCCCGAACGGAGACUCGCAAGCCACCAACGGGCUAAAUGACGGCCCGUUGCUGUCCAUCAAGCAGCACAAGCUGAUCAAACUCAGAGAGGGAAAGAAGCAAAACUGGUGCAGGACGGUGGGUGACCAGAAGAUGCCCGAGCUGGCCGAGGCUGCCGAGAGAAAGAGCGACACCGAGGACGACAAUGAAGGUGAAGUCGUGGAAGCAAGCAAGGAUGCCCAGAAGCCUCCGGCCAAGCCAGUUGUGUCAGACAAGCUCCUUCACAGCCUGCAGCUCCACCGCUCUCAAGCCUCCAGACCUUCCCUCAGUGAACAAGAAGUCGAGACGGCGUUCGUGCGCCUCUCCCUGGCGUUCCGCAACGACAUGUUCUCGCUGGAGAAGCGCCUGCGCCUGGAGGAGCGUGCGAGGAACCUCGCCGAGGAGAACGUCUCUCGCGAGAUCGACGCCGUCUCCAGCACAGUGCAGACGUUCGCGCCGCUGUGCCAGGACUCCCAGACGCGGGACACGUACCAGCAGCUGCAGCAGAACCUGCAGGUGCUUCGCAAGGCCACAAUGAGGGCCUCCAGCUGCUCGGAGAAGCUGGGAGCCGUGAACCAGGAGGGGCGGCUGUGCCGGGCCAUGGAGGUGAUGGUGCAGCACGUGGAGAACCUGAAGCGGCUGUACGCGCGCGAGCACGCCGAGCUGGAGGACGUGCGCAAGCUGCUGCAGCACAACUCUCGCUCCAUGCACAGUGGCUCCGGGGACAGCAGUGACGAGGGCAUGGCUCGUGGGAACCGCUCCAUGUCUAUCAUCGGAUCGCUCGGCAAGCCGACUGCUCGCCGAAGGGUCAGCGUCUCCGUCAUCCCAAAGUUCUUUAACUUCCCCAGUGGAGGAGGCAACCAACUGGCCAGUUCCUCCGGCGCACAACCCAUCUUGGAAGCGAGGAUAAACGAGGUGAAAAAUCAAGAAGCAUCCAUCAUCGCUCCGGAGAAAAUCAUCCCGGCUUUCCUAGCCCCAAAGGAAACGAGCCAGCCCAGCGGACGCAUGCUCGUGGGACUGACACGGGCAGCACUGAAGGAGAGUCCUCCGCUCAUCCCGCAAGGGGCUCAAGGCGUCAAGAUCGUGGGUGCGAGGCCGCUCAACCCCUUGGCCCAGGAGAAAGUGGAGGAGGAGACCUUCGUCAGGAGUUGACUUCCCCCCCUUCCCCCACCCAGUCGCUGCCUUGUGUUGUCAGUGCCCAUUGCUCUCGUCCUCAAUGCUACACAGGCGUACAGACACACCACGUGAUUUUGCCAAGUCCUGUUCAAUUGCCAUGACGGCUGGCUUAUAAACGAGGCUAUGUUUUGUUUGACCAGGUAAGGCCCCACUGAGCUACACGGCUAUUUGUUCAGAAGCGAUCGAGCUAUCACAAAUGAUAGCUCCACGACGUGGCUUAUCGUCACGUGGACGUUUAUAGCAGCAGCAGCAGCAGCCCAAUCCUCUCACCGCAGGUUGACUCUAAAUGUGGAGGGAGAAACCGGAGGACCCGGAGAGAAAUCCACGCGACGACGGGGAGCACACGCAGGCUCCAAAUACGCAGCGGCAGGCGUCAGGGUCGGGAUCGAACCCACGACCUCCUGCGUACCGGGCAAUGUACUUAACAUCUCGGCAUUGUGCAUUCGUGACAGCCUUAGACUUUUGCCACCACAAAUGUAUUGAAGCAUUUCCCAGUAUUCAUCCUUUCUGCGGUUAGCAAAACUGGGUUAGGGUUUCUGCAAACGCAUUUUAUUUCUUGAGCACCACUCAUGUAACGUUUAAUAAUAUUGACCAUUGUUACUGGCGAUGGAUAUUGUGGCAGGUUUACAGCAAUGUAACGGAGAUCGAGGCACAGUCCUGAAAUGGCUUGCUCACGUCACUGCUGGCAGAAAGACCUCCACGAAGAGGGAGCUCUCGUGAGGAGAGAGCCCCUCGCGAGGCUAUUUAGGCCUACUCUUCCAUGCUGGCCAGGAUUUCUUAGGAAUGGUGAAGGUGCCCACACCGCACCGGACACGACCUGCUGAUCAAAUAACUGGCGAACACGUCUAUAUUGUUGGUAACAAAGGUACAUUUAUACAAGGUUAUUUCCAAAGAUUUUCUGCGUUCGCGUUUUUACACUUAAAAGAGAUUUAUGCAGUGAAGUAAUAUAAAUUAUUCAUAAGUUAUACAACUUAACAUAUUCAUCACUGUAUUCUUAACGUGUGACCUCCUGCUUGAAAUCAUGUGCGAAUGCAUGCACACGUGUAAGCGUUGCACUGAACGCGCGUGUGUUUUUAAUACGGCUUGUAUUUUUUUUUCAACAUCUAUUUGCGCUGCCACAAGAGAGGGUCAUUCGGUGAACUCCAGAGGGACAUUGGCGGGUGUGCGCCCACAAUCUUGCGAGGCUUCCCCGCGGCAUCGCGCAAACGCUGGCACGGCGUACCAGCCUCCUGGUACCGACGGAUGUAGACUCCGAACGAGUUUUGACGCGCGCACUCACGUGCAUCCUCCUAUCACCGACAUGUUGGUCUGCAGCAGUGACCCCGGGUCACCUCGUGCGCGUGGACACUUGCACAGGCACAUACCGUCGCAUUCGCGCGAAUGUACGUGAAGGACAAACUGGGUUUAGCGCGGGUUUGUAAAUGCAAAGUGCUGUAGAUGUUUGCGACUUGUCAAGGAAAAUCUGUCCGGUACAUUUGUGGAUUUUGCAUGGAUAUGCAAAGCGUGUGAUUGUAUAACAGUACAGAUCUGUGGAAUGUUGCGUGCAUCUUUGAGGUAGUAUGUAUUAAAUCCAGUUUGCUGAUG